AUGAGUUCCACUAUUGCUUCCAGUGUGACACCUCGCUCUCGUAGAAAUAACUGGAGUCCGUCUGACCCGUCGUUCAGUCCGUCAAGCCGACGCAAACAAAAUCUCAAUGCUGUGACGGAUGAUUUGGAUGAUGUCACGGUUAAGCUGGGCAAGCGGGGUGGUUUGGCGAUGCGUUCCUGUAAUCUCUCUGGCGCUCAAAAACAUUUGUUUUUCUCAUCGCUGAGGCAGCUUGAUCCAAACGAGCCUGACGGAAAGCAUGAAGGACGACGUCAUAUGGUAACACAUAUUCGGGUGAUGCGCCUUCGAUGUUCAUUAUGUGGAGCUGGCUCAUUCUUCUGCACGGAUUUACGCGUACAUUUGAUGGAAGGUCACUGUGAAAAACUACAUCGUGCACCGGAAGGGGUCGUAAAACCUAACACAAUACCAUGCAUGACAAAGGAACAGGCCGAUUCUCUAUCGGAGUUGGCUGACCCUGUCAAUCCUGGUCGAGUGAUGUAUACCAGUGGACAGGUAUGA